GCCUCCCCCUCCCCCACCUCUUCUGUUUCACGCUCUCCCCAUCCUGUUUUAUUGUCUUGUACCCUGCUCUAGACAGUCAAGGUGGUCCGUCGAGGUCAUGCUUGACCGUUAGCUAGCAGGCAGAAACUGGGAUGACCAAGAAAGAAUGGUUUACUUUAGGGGCCUUACCUAAAGGGGCGAACUUAUGGGGGGUCAUAGCCAGUGCCCAACCCAACAAGCACGGUUCCGCCCCCUCAAGUAAACCAAUGAACAGAGCCAAGUUAAUAAUGAAAAGCAGAAAGAGGAGAUUUACUCUGUGUGGACCCCUUGGGAAGUGGCACCGAGAUACCCGUCUGAGAACCCUUCCAUCUUUGUGGGUCCUGAAAUGAGGGUGAGGUUUAAAUAGGAGGCAAGAAAAAUGCAGUCUGGCCACGGUGUGGUCCCGCCUACCAUUUUGCAUCUUUCUCUGGGCUUCAGUCCAUUCCUGUAAGAUGUUCUUACUCCCGUUGCCUUGCUUCUUUCUUUCCUCUCAGCCUAAGAUUCCUAGGGGAAAUAUUCAUUCACAGUCUCUCUUUCUCUCCCGUCUCUCCCUCCCCUUUUCCCCCUCUCUCUCCUCUCUCUCGGUGUUCAUUGUUUCAACAAUUUAAUAGAUCAAGAGACCCUGGUAUCUCUAGAAUAUCUUGGUUUCUGUGAGGCAAGUUACAGUGUGAUUGCAGCCAGGUCAAAAUACCCAUCUCCAUGUCAGUCUACUUUUUACCAUAAAUUCCCUUCCCCGUUCUAUCAGGACAUCUCUCAAGUAUUUUCAUUAUCAUUGUUGAUAGUUUUAUUAUAAUCAUUAUUGAUGCAAAGCUAAGCAUCAAACCCAGAGCCUAGAGAAUGCUCUGGUGAACAAGAAUUCCUGGAAAGAAGCUGUGACUACAAAGUUGUUGACUGAUUUUUAGGAUCUGGGUGAUUUUUUAGAACUUCAGUGAUUCUGAUAAGAUGGGAAUGUUCCAAGUCCAGAUCCUACUUAUCUUGGCCCAUCUGUAGUCUCCUUAUUAGCCAUUCUGCGCUGUAUGCGACGUAAUGUGACCAUUAGGUAAAUCCUUAGGAAUGUAUAAACAGACCUCUGAUUCUGACCAACUAAAAGACCAAGGAUUCUGUCAGAUAGCAUUUAGGUCUUAUAGCUGAGAUUUCCUUGCUCUUCUGUGACCCCCCCUACCUGACAUUUCUGCCAAUGUAUUUGAGAAGUGUCUGGACUUAAGAUUUCCUUUCUUUUGUUACUAUAAAACUUACUGGAACUGUUAGCAUGUUAGAACAUGGAAUUUGAGUAACCUAAAUCUGUGUCCCUUAGCCAUUGUCACACAAAUUUGGCUUCAGAAUAAACUAUCUACUAUCCUUUUUUGAGUGUUGAUUCAUGAGUUUUUGCUGUCAGUUCAAGUAACUAGAAAUGGAAAGUUCUGUAAAAGCAGACAAACAUGAAAAGAUGUCUUUUGACAAGGCAAAAGUGUCCAUAGAUUCUGAAACAGCAUCCCCUCCCAGUGUUAAUGAGUCCAUUGCUGCAUCUGGGCCGAGGCUUUCUGAAAAGACACCUGCGUGCCAGCAGGCAGAUAAACCAAGAAUGAGGAAAGAGUUUGAAGAUGAUCAUGCAGAGGAGAAUUCAAGUUACGUGGAGGAUUCUCCAGCCAAGAAAAGAAAACUUGAUGUGGAAAUCAUCUUAGAGGAAAAGUGCACUGGCGAUGAUGGAGGCGUUUCAAAGAAAAGGAAACUGGAGGGGGGUGAUGUUUCCGAAGAUGAACCUUCCUCUGGAGAGGUCACCCAGAGAAAGAGAAAACUACAAUCGGAGGAUACUCCAGAAAAGCGGAAAAAGCUGGAGGAAGGUCACAGCUCUGCCGUUGCUGCCCACUAUAACGAGCUUCAGGAAGUGGGGCUGGAGAAGCGCAGUCAGAGUCGCAUUUUUUACCUGAGAAACUUUAAUAAUUGGAUUAAAAGUAUUCUUAUUGGGGAAUUUUUAGAAAAGGUACGACAAAGAAAAAAUCGUGAUCUCACUGUUUUGGACCUGGGAUGUGGAAAAGGUGGAGAUUUGCUCAAGUGGAGGAAGGGGAGAAUUAGCAGGCUGGUGUGUGCUGAUAUUGCUGAUGUUUCUAUGAAACAAUGUCAACAGCGUUACGAAGACAUGAGAUGUCGUCGUGAUAAUGAAUAUAUUUUUAAUGCAGAGUUUAUAACUGCUGAUUGUUCAAAGGAACUUUUGGUUGAAAAAUUCCGUGAUUCAGAAAUGCGCUUUGACAUCUGCAGCUGCCAGUUUGCCUGUCAUUACGCCUUUGAGUCCUUGGAGCAGGCUGAUAUGAUGCUUCGAAAUGCUUGUGGAAGGCUUAACCCUGGGGGCUAUUUUAUUGGCACCACGCCCAAUAGCUUCGAACUGAUAAGACGCCUUGAGGCUUCAGAAACAGAAUCAUUUGGAAAUGAAAUAUACACUGUGAAAUUCCAGAAGAAAGGAAGUUAUCCUUUAUUUGGCUGCAAAUAUGACUUCAACUUGGAAGGUGUUGUGGAUGUCCCUGAAUUCUUGGUCUAUUUUCCAUUGCUAACUGAAAUGGCUAAGAAGUACAAUAUGAAGCUAAUAUUUAAAAAAACAUUUCGGGAAUUCUAUGAAGAGAAGAUUAAGAACAGUGAAAACAAAAUGCUCUUAAAACGAAUGCAGGCCCUGGAGCCAUACCCUGCAAAUGAGAACUCUAAACUUGUCUCUGAAAAGGUUGGUGACUAUGCACAUGCAGCAGAGUACAUGAAGAACAGUCAAGUAAGGUUACCUCUGGGAACCUUAAGUAAGUCAGAAUGGGAAGCUACAAGUAUCUACUUGGUUUUUGCCUUUGAGAAACAGCAGUAAGCAGUUAGUUGCCUCAGAGCAGCACUCCAUCCCUCCAGAUGGAGCAAACCAUCUCAGAUACAUGUGACAGCUGUUUGUUUAUUUGAAUAGUAAGUUCUAAGUGUGGAGGAUGCUGCCAAAAAGUCCAGUGUAUAACUGACAUUUACUGUCUGUGACAGGUUAGCAGUGUGUGUGUGUGUGUGUGUGUGUGUAUAAGAACGCUUCAUCUUUAAGAUCGUAUUUUUAAGUGAUAUUCUAAGAAUUGUUUCCCUCUCCUGUCGAAAACGAAAGCAGCACUUCAGAGCAGCUGACCUCUCCACAGUGCUGUGAUUUGCUGAGUGUGUUUACAGAGUUGAAUUUACUUACAACAGCUGUAGAACUGGUGGAGGAGUGCCAGUUCGCCACCGUGCACUCGAAGUUUUGUUACAGUGUUUUUCCAGAUGUGUUCUGUACAUUUGAAUGUAAGUGGUCACUAUAUAUUGCUAAAGUUAUAAGAUUAAAAUUUGAUUUUUAGAUUGUCAUAAGAGCAACCUGGCUAGAUUUUGACUGUGUUUCAAUAAAAUAACUAUUUGCUAAUACCAUGAAAUUCUGAGAAUCUAUAGAAAAUUUUAGAUGGCAACAUAGAGAAAUUGUGGAAUGGUUUGGUAUUCUGUUAAGAAUUUCCUACCAUAGCAAUUAAUAUAUCCAACUAUUGAGAUUUAAUUAAGGUACUUUGAACUUUUCUUCAUUGGACAGUGAUUUCAUGGUUCGAUUUUCUAAAGAUUUUGUGAAAAUGCCAUGUCAUAAUCCUGUUCCAUAUUUUCUUCCCAUGUAUAUAGGCAAGCGCAACAGGAGUAGCGCAGUAAGGGAAACAGGUAGACUUGAGAUGGAUCCUCACCACUAAGAGAUCCCAGUUACUAAUGCCGUUUCCUUCCCAGUCCCAAACAAGCAGCCCGUGCUCUUUUCUUCCAGUGUUGGUACUUGACACAGCAGAACCCACUGUCUAAUUGUCAUUAAAACAUGCAUUUGUGUAUAGAGGUCAGCAUGGCUGCCUUCCAAAUAUUUAUUUACUCUCUCACAAUCAUUAAAAUUGUCAUUAAGUUGUGAAUUACAGAAUUGACUUCUAGAACUGAUGCCUGUGUGAACUGCUGUCUUACAUUUAAGAAACUUGACAGCCUUUAGAUGCAUCAAAUAACUUGAGAGCAAAUACAAUUAUAUAUUCUUUUAAAAGUCAUUUGUUUAAAGGACAAUUUACAAAGAUCCUGCUUUCUGUAAAACUCUAUAGUACUUGCUUUAAAAGUAGGCUCGGGGCUGGAGAGAUGGCUCAGCAGUUAAGAGUGCUGGCUGUUCUUCCAGAGGACCCAGGUUCAGUUGCCAGCACCCACGUGGUGGCUUAUAACUGUCUCUGACUCCAGUUUCUGGGGAUCUGACACCAUCUUCUGGUCUCCGUGGGCACCAGGCAUGCACAUAGUGCACAUAUACACACACACACACACACACACACACACACACACACACACACACACACACACACGCAGGCAGAACACUCAGGCAUACAAAAUAAAAAUAAUUAUUAAAAAAAUUGAAAGCAUAAUCAGUUUAUGUAUUGUUACUGCUCAUAGUAUUAGAAGUAGCUUUGGUGCAGGGUUUGGGGUGUGGGGAUGAAAGUUCUUGCUCUUAGAAAUUUAGGCUCAUUUUAUUCCUGGGGAAGGUACUAAGUAUUUUAUGGUUUGGCAGGUAGGGAAAGCUUUGUCACAAUUCAUGAUCUCAUUUAAUAGGUAAUGCAUCAAUUUUUAGUCUUUCUGUCCUUUCCAUUCCAUUCCAUGGGUUGUUUUUUGGAGAGAAGAAUUCCUCAAAGGGUGGAGUAAUUGAUGGCUGUCCAAUCACAAGAAGAGAAAUGUGGAGUUCCUAGGCCCUUUGCUGAGGAGUCAUAAGGAACUGAACUGGGUCUGAGAUGGGCUGUAGUUAUUACACCUACUGUCAUAGGCAUAGGAGAGUGUUCCCAUGAGGCCACCCUACAGCAAACAGGUCAAGCAGCUGCCUUUUUCCUUUUGUGUUCUUAUCUGUUCAGCCUCCUCCCCUACACUGCUUGAAGUUAAAUGACUCAAGAUGAAUUCUUGAGGAUGAGAAUGGGAAGGUGGCCUUUUCCACUGUUUAUCAACAGAUGAGACUUUUUCCAGCAUACUGGAGUUUACAUGUUUAAUUUUGUCAGGACGUGUAGUAUCUGAUGAGAAAGGCGUGGCUUUUCAUUACAGGAUCCGGGAAGAGUCCCUUGUUUUGGGUUCAGUGAUAAGAAUGGUUCAGAAGCCAGGCGGUGGUGGCGCACGCCUUUAAUCCCAGCACUCGGGAGGCAGAGCCAGGCGGAUCUCUGUGAGUUCGAGGCCAGCCUGGGCUACCAAGUGAGUUCCAGGAAAAGGCGCAAAGCUACACAGAAAAACCCUGUCUCGAAAAACCAAAAAAAAAAAAGAAUGGUUCAGAGGAGCUGUUCAGACACUCCCAGGCCUGCCACACAGGGUAUCCUCCAAGGUUGAGUUUCAAAAUGAAGAUCAGGGGCUGGAAACAUGGCUCAGAGGCUAAGAAUGCUUGCUACUCUUUCAGAGGACUGGAGUUUGGUUCCCACACACACAUCAGGUGGCUCACAACUGCUUGUAAUCCAGCUGCAGGGACUUUAACACUCUCUUCUGGUUCUGCUGACACCUGCACACAUGCACAAACAUGCAGACACAUAAAUAAAAAUAAAUCUGCAGAAAUGAAGACCACAUGGGCCAUUUGUGAGAAUGGCACAACUUGAAUUGGAGAUAGUUGGCCCGGGGACAAAUCUGCAUUGUAGUAGGACCUAAAAAACUGACAUGGGAUUAUUUGGGUCUAGAAUUUACUCAGGGAAACACUCCAGUGUAUACAGUGUUGAUGGAGAGAAAGUGAGGAGUUGUCGGUCCCUGGCAGUCCUUCUGGGGGCCUAACGUACAGAGAGCCGCAGGCCUGCUGGAGCUGACUCAUACUUUACAGACUGACUCUCCUCAGUACGAGAAGGCUGUGACUGAGCAGAGUCCCUUAAGAGUGAUGGGCCUGUGUGGUGACUGAAUGGCUGAGAGAGGAUACAGAUUUUCUCAAGACCACAGCAACAUAACACUCCCAUCCUGUGGUGGGCCUACACUCCUGCACUCACAUACUUCCAAGAGUGGAACAAGUGAGUCCUGUGGCCUGAGCUGUUAGUUCUUGAAGCACCUUAACUUAGGUGCUCCAGUAAAUAGGGUGUCCUGGUAGGAAACAGAGAUAGACUAUCCUCUUCAUGGUGUGGAGACCUGGUCCUUGAACCAGACUUGUGGGAUCUGGUUAUACACUACAGGUGAUGGUGUUCCCCCAACCUUACUGUGUGGAUGUAUCAGUGCAAGAGAGUCUCUGAGGGAAGAUACAGAAAUACUGCUUUAGUGUGAGUUAAGUAGGCAGGCCUAAUCUUAUGGAUUUGCUGGUUUAAACUCUGUUGAAGUGUUGUAUCUGUACAGGCAAUUGGAUUCCUCACAGACAGAACAUACAUGAAUUCAUAAGCCAGAAGCUGGAGACUCCCUUCUACUCAACUCUCCCUUCCACAGCCACCAUCCGGUUCUAAGCAAAAAUCUAGUUUCAUCUGGCUUGGAAUAUUACAUGAAUGAAAUUAAAAAUACAUUCUUUGGCUUUCAUUUGUCAGUGUUCAUGAGAUUCUUAUUCUCAUCAGUUGUACAUUGUUCUCAUGAUUGUACGGUAUUCCAUUGUGUGAAUAAACAACAUUAUCCAAUGA